AUGUUUUCCAAACUAAUUUCAAUUUAUAUUAUUGGAUAUUAUUUAUUUCAAUCAUCGGUCUAUGGAUAUCCAUCAAAUGACGAUGCUAAUGUGAAACAAUGUUCAAAAAGUGAUUGUUCAAAUAAUGGUGUUUGUCUUCUUAUGAAUAAUAUUCGUCAAUGUUAUUGUUAUCCAGAAUGGCAAGGAGAAAAAUGUAAUUUAAUACGAGAAUUUAAAAAAGAUUCGAAUAAACAAGUUAAACAAAUAAGUCGAAUAACUUCUCGAAAUACUCCAUGUAGUUAUGUGCCUGAUCUUUGCAAAAAUAGUGGAGUUUGUUAUCUAGGUGAUGAUAAAAAAUUAGCGUGUCAAUGUCCAUAUCCAUAUGAUGGAGCACGGUGUCAAGAAUAUUCUGUAUGUUACAAUUAUUGUUUUAAUAAUGGAAUAUGUGAAGUAGAAGGUGAUGAACCAAAAGAUAAAAAACCGAAAUGUGAAUGUGGCGAUAAUUUUGAUGGUGAACGAUGUCAAGUUCCUAUAACAACAACAAUGGGAUCAACAACAACAACGACAACAACAACUGUUUCAACAACACCAGAUAUUAUUUGUUCUUAUUUACCUGAUGGAUAUUGUAAUGAUGGUAGUUGUAUUGUUAUUAAUAAUCUAGCCAAAUGUCAAUGUCCACCAACACAUACCGGAGAUCAAUGUCAAAUUUCAACUGGAGUUACACAAUCUCCUGGUCAAAUUAUUCUUCCAACACAAAAUCCAUUUCAAACACAAUAUCCUUUUCAAACAAAUCCACCAAUUAAUCCUGGAAUAACAAAUUCUCCUCAAGUUGGUAUAACAUGUACACAAAAUCCAUGUCGAAAUAAUCGUCCAUGUUAUAAUAAUGGAAAUUCAUAUUAUUGUUUUUGUGGUUCAGCUUAUUCGGGUGUUAAUUGUGAAAUCAAUGCUGGAUAA